AAUAAUAUUUUUGGACCAAUGGUAAUAGCUAGCGCUGACAAAAGAACACCCAGAACGCAACCCUCGCAGCAACCUUAACCCCUCACCUUCGCAAGAACCGGCGAUGCAAACCCUUAGCGCCGUCCUCUACCGGCGACAAGAUUAAACCCUCCGCAAAAUUUAAUCAACUCACCACCAGCGCCGUCCUCUCUCUCACUCGCAGUCGUCCUCUCUCUCACGAACCCUAACUCCAAAUCGAAGCUUAACUCCAAAUCGAAGCUUCUCUUUCUUUCUCCGGCCUCUACUCUCACGAAUCGAAGCUUGUCUUUCUCUCUCACAUCGAUUCAGGUCCCUGAACACUCUUAUUCCCUUGAUGAAGAGGGUAUUUGCAAGCAUGCCUUUGAGCUGAUUUUUGUGUUUGAUGAAGUAAUCUCUCUUGGGCACAAGGAAAAUGUUACCGUUUCACUAGUUAAGCAAUACUGUGAGAUGGAAAGUCAGGAAGAGAAGCUGCACAAGCUGGUUAAGCAAUACUGCUUGUUAAAGUUUAGUGGUAAAGUUUAAGUGAUUGGUUUCCCAUCGGGUACGAAACCCUCUAUGACCCGAAUGGCUCAAAAACUUCAAAGGCGGUUUCUUGUGAUGACGAUUAUUACACUUCCACAUAUGAUGGUCCAAUUUCUGGAUGCAAACAAGACAUGUCCUGCCCUUACAGCAUAACUUAUGGAGAUGGAAGUACAACCGCUGGAUCCUUUGUGAAUGAUUCUCUUACAUUCAACCAAGUAAAUGGUAAUCUCCAUAAUAAUGCAGCAGAAAAUAGCAGUGUGGUUUUUGGGUGCGGCGCUAAACAAUCUGGGACAUUGGGUUCAUCUUCCGAUGAAGCCCUUGAUGGAAUCAUUGGUUUUGGACAAUCAAAUUCUUCUGUGCUUUCACAGCUUGCUGCAUCUGGAAAGAUUUGUGUACUGUAUUUUACAUCCAGUUCCUCAGAUGGAGAUGAAGUUGGGAGUUAUAUCACUGCCCCCAAUAAUUUGCAAAUAAAGACAAAUGAGAAACAAAAGCACAUUUUUGGUAUAAACGACAUCCUUUUGUUAUGGAAGAUAACAGCAUUUUUUGAUAAUGGGGUGGAGUGUCGGGAGGCUUUAGAUGGUAUUAUUGAUAGAUGUUCUGCACUUCAAAACAUUCGCCAAGCUGUUCUAGAAUAUAGAAAAGUAUUCAAUCAGCAACAUGUUGAGCCAAGGGUAAGGAGGGUGGCAUUAAAUCGUGGUGCUGAGUACUUGGAACGGUAUUUCCGUCUUAUUGCUUUUGCAGCAUAUCUUGGAAGUGAAGCGUUCGAUGGGUUUUGUGGAGAAGGAGAAUCCAAAGUGUCAUUUAAGAAUUGGUUGCAUCAGAGACCGGAGGUGCAGGCUAUGAAAUGGAGCAUAAGACUGAGACCGGGGCGAUUUUUCACUGUCCCUGAAGAGUUGAGAGCACCGCAAGAGUCUCAACAUGGAGAUGCAGUGAUGGAAGCAUUUGUUAAGGGCCGGAGUGGUUCAGUUCUGGGAAAAGGCUCCAUACUAAAAAUGUGUUCGAUGAACCCACGUCAUUAACCGAGGAGGAGCUGUAUGAAUUGCGAAACAGCUGGGCUACUUGUUUUCUUGACCUGUACAAUCCCGAGGUAGAUUAUGAUGUUGCCGAUGACGAGGCUUAGGAGCUAGCUAGGUUAAUUUGUGUGAUGUUACGAUGGAUUCACAUUAAUUAGGAUGUUUUGAAUUUUAAUGACUUGUAUUUUGCUUGUUAUAACAUUUUGGAUUGUUGUAUUUUGCUUGAAUUGUAAGACUUGGUAUUUUAUUUGAAUUGUAAUGAUUUGGUUGAAUGUAAUUGUAUUUUGGUUGAAUGUUGAAUUGUAAUGCUAUUUUGGUUUUUUUUAA